AUGUCUGGUUCAGGAUUCUCUGUCUACGUUGGAAACGCUACGUACCAAACCACGGAGCAAGAGCUCGGAGACUACUUCAGCACCGUCGGACAAGUCACCAACGUCAGAAUCGUCUGCGACCGCGAGACCGGACGUCCAAGAGGAUUCGCUUUCGUCGAGUUCGCUGAUGAGGCCGGAGCUCAGAGAGCCUGCGAUCAACUCAACGGAGUCGACUUCAACGGAAGACAACUCCGUGUCAACCUUGCCACCAGAUAA